AAUGGAUAUAUCGUAUUCGUACAAUAAAAUACGCAAAAACUUUGGGAGGCAGCCGAUGUUCUGUGAGGCUCCAGUGCAGUUACUCGACUCCAUUGAUCCUAAUAUCGCUGAACAGAAAAAGUAUGGCUUAAGAAAUCCAGUGCAUAGUGAAGCUCAAGUAUCACUAAACCAAUCGGAACACUACAUUAAUACGAAAAGGGUAGUGUAUACAGAUUCGGGUGCAAAUCAUGGAGAAGGCGGUUGGCCGAAAGAGGUGAAUUUCAUGGAUGAGGAAGCUACCACCAGAUACCGUAGACGCGUAGAACGUGACGAUAACUACGUAGAUGCAGUUCUCAAGCUUUACUCUGAUUUUGAACAUUUUGUAAAACAAAACAAUGCUGUUGAGUUAUAUGAAAUGUAUUUCAAAGGCAUGAAGCCUGAAGAACCUCUUGAGAAAUCAUUGAUCAGAUUGACUAAUGUAUACAAAGAUCCAUUCACUAGACCUGUCUCAUCGAUUGCGUGGACGAUCGAAGACGAUUCGAAGAUGGUAGUGUCAUACUGUAACCGAAAGUAUCCUAUACCCAUAAUGCCUCCAGUAAAUACCGUACACACCUGUUAUUUAUGGGACUUGGAAAAUCCACAUGCUCCAUAUCAAGAAUUUUAUCCCCCAACAGCUAUUUGGCAAUUAGUCUGCUCACCCGCCUCGCCUACUGUGAUUGUAGCAGGACUCAAUGAUGGAAGGGUUUGUAUGUUUGACAUCCGAGAUAAGAAAGAACCAGUUUUGUUAAGCCCAAUGCAUCUGGCCCACAGAGAUCCUGUUACUUCAGUCCUGUAUAUUGCUUCACGAACAAAUACUGAGUUUUUCAGCGGUUCAACUGAUGGUAGAUGUAUGUGGUGGGAUCUAAGAGAUAUGUCACAGCCUACAGAUUCUCUGAUGAUGGCUAUUAGGGUUCCACCUGGCGAACAAGCAAGUCUAGCUUAUGUAGAAGGCGUAAGUGCGUUACAGUUUGAGCGUACAAUUCCAACUAAGUUUUUAUGUGGCACUGAUACUGGUUUUGUGAUUAAUGUUAACCGAAAAGGUAAAACAUUUAAUGAAAUAAUGAGUGCGGUGUUUAGUGCUCAGAGGGGGCCAGUAAAAGCAUUGCACAGGAGUCCAUUAAUCGUUAAAAUGUUUGUCACCUGUGGGGAUUGGACCGUAAAUCUGUGGAGUGAUGACGUCCACACAUCUCCUGUUGUUACUGGAUUUCCUCAAAGGCACGCAAUCAAUGAUGUAAUUUGGGCACCGCAGAGGGUUUCUUGCUUUAUGUCCGUUAAUUCUGCCGGGAACUUUCAGUUAUGGGAUCUUUUAAGAAAGUACCGAGAGCCAAUCAUUGUUAUGCCUGUGUCAAAGUUUCCGCUGCAGAAAAUCAAACCUCACGAUGAAGGUCGGCUGGUAGCAAUGGCUGAUAUAAAAGGUGUUUUGUACUUACUCUCUCUUUCUGAAAAUUUAAUUUAUCCUGGUGAUAAGGAUAAACAGCUAAUGACUCAGAUAUUCGAUCGAGAAACAAAACGAGAGCAUAUUCUGGAGACUCGCAUCAAGGAGAUUAUGUUGAAACGUAAAGCAGAAGAAGAGGGAGUGACAGCUGUGGUUGAGGAAUAUGUCGACGAAGAGGCACUGGCUAAGACAGCCGAGGAUGAGUACAAAAAGUCUGUCCAGGAGGAAGUUAAGCGCACAGGCUACACUCCUGGGGGUGCAAGUAGACCAGCAGCUGAUUCUAAAAUGCGAAAACGUUAACACUUCAUUUAUCAUUAUCCUUUUAUUUGAUUAAAAUUUCCUUUCCCUAAAAACGCAAAGUUUUCACAUUAGAAUGUUAGUUGUUUGUACAAUA